GUUCGCCUUUCCACGACUGAGCACGUCACUUUCGUGCGGUCUCGAUAACGAAACGAAAUCGAAUAGUGAUUCUAAUUUUGUUAAUAAAUGGUGCUAUAAAUAGACACGAAUUGAUUGAGUGUGAAUAAAAUUAUGAUUCAGUGAUUGUUGUAGCGUAUUUCAAUUCAAAUCAAUAUGUACAGGAGACAAGCGCUUCGCAUAUUGCCAGUUCUAUUAAUAUCUCUAUUCUCUUUAAUAGGUGGUCGGGAGAGUACGGGUCGCGUGAAGCGGCUGCGGGCGGACAGCGUGCGGGAGCCGGCGCAGGCGCUGGACGCCCCCGAGCCCGACCCCGCUCCCGCGCCCAUCUCCUUCCUCAGCCCCUCCGUCAAGGAGUACCUGGAGCUCGGCAAGGCGAUACCAGGCAAACCUGGCAUCGACUACCCCCUGCUGGGCGCUGUACCGUACACAAACUUCUACUGCGAUGAGCAGCCCUACCCCGGCUUCUUCGCAGACAUGGAGACUCGUUGUCAAGCGUGGCACUACUGCGACAUAGACGGUCGGCAGGCGUCGUUCCUGUGCCCCAACGGCACGGUCUUCUCCCAGGGCGUGGCCUCCUGCGACUGGUGGUUCAACGUCCGCUGUUCGCAGUCCCCCGAGCUGUACGCGCUCAACGCCCGCCUCUACCGACGGAGGAAGUCCCAGCGUAGGACACGACCCAAACCACACCGGGUCAUAGACAAGAAGCUCGUCGACGAAAUCUUCCUGUGAAGUACCUCAUGCGGACUUGAGUAUAUGGAUUUCAAAGAACAGUGUUUAUACCCUUCAAAUCGUGUCGUCGUAGGUACAUAAUGGGACAAAAACUACAUAGGUCCACCAUCUGCAUAUGAAUCAAUUUACUGAUAGUACCU